UCCACCCACCUUUCACUUCUUCUCAAACACCAAACUCACAUUUGAGAAAGAUCGACGAGACUCAGAAAUGGCUUCUACUUCCGCUGUGUUAUUGGUCAUGCCACUCACCCAAAACCGAUCAUCUUCAUCGGCAAAAACCAUUGCCUUCCUCAAGCCAUUGCCUUUGAAGCCAUCCAAAGCCUCCUCCUCCUCCACCUUAGCCAUGCCUUCACGAAGGUUUCAUGUGACUGCAUCUAACGUAAAGAUGGAGAAAGCUGUGAGCGGCUUAGCCGCCGCAGCUCUCACCGUGUCAAUGGUGAUCCCUGAGGUGGCUGAAGCUGCCGGCUCAGGAAUCUCUCCUUCUCUCAAAAACUUCUUGCUUAGCAUUGCCGCGGGAGGCGUGGUGCUCACAGUGAUUAUCGGCGUGGUCGUUGGUGUCUCAAACUUUGAUCCAGUUAAGAGAGGCUAAAAGAGAGAGAGAGCGAAAAGAGAUAUGAUCUCUAUCAUUUUAGUUUGGUAUUGAUUUGUGAAUCCAUGUAAUGUUUCAGCAAUGAACUUUUUCAUUCUUCUUCUAUCUUCUAUUUUUACUUUAUCACCAGGUUCUGCUUUGGAAUUC